GCCGUGACGUGUAGGGCGCGAUGAGCGCGUGCGCGCCGCGGGCGGACGGCGCGGGCGCCUCCACGCCCGGCUCCGACGUCGGCGAGCGCAUCACGCGCCUCUUCCCCAAGUGCAGACCCAAGAACAUGCAGCACCACAACGACAGACUGAACUCCGGACUGGAGGUCCGAGACGCGAAUAUAAUCAACAACUUAUCCUCGGAUGAGGAGCGGAAUGAUGGCCAGCUGGUCAUACUCAACUCUAAAGGGGGCACUUACAAGUUAAGGGACUCUAGGAUAAUAGAAAUAGCGGGAGGUCGGGAGCUGUACUCACAAAGUCGGACGAAGGCGGUGCGCAAGCUUCGGCACAAUAAUACGCACAAACACAAUCUACGGAAUAAAGUGCGAUCGCUCAAUAAGGACACUACGGAUUACGCUGCUGAUAUUAAUCAUGCUAAUGAGAUAUCGCUGCACAGGAUAAGCAAUGAGCCGAAGAAAAUGAUAUCUCGGCACACAUCGCCGACGUACACGAACGGCGACCGGGAGCCGCUCGAGCAGAACACUAUGGGGAUUCCGAAGAACAGCUCCCCCAUACUGGACCCCCAUAAAACAAACGACGUCAGCACUAAAAGCAGUCCCAUAGCCGUCGUGGCUGAUGGCGAGGUCGUUGUUUUUGACGACAACGACGAUUGGAAAGUGAUAUUGAAUUCUGUGUCCUUAGGUCUGAGGAUGGACCCUGAAGCUAGUGACAAUGAGAUAGAUAUGAGUGUAAAAAGAACCUUAGACAAUAUGAAAAAUGGUGAUAGUGAUGUGAUGAACAAUAAGAGUGAACUCAGUUGUGAUGGGGGAAGUGAGUCGACUCCGUCUCGAGGGGAAGACGCUCGACUGAGUGACGCUAGUCCCUCGGGGGUGUGGUUGUCGGGAGACGAGGACAAGAGCAGGGUUACCAGGGUGAUAGGGGAGCUGCCUAUAGCGGAGUAUGAGGGCUCGCCGCGGCGGUACGGCAUUGGGAGCCAGAAGACUGCUACUAGAUCGCCGAGACCGGGUUUUCCACAGAGGGUAGUGACAGAGAGCAGAGACGCAUCACCGCCGCCCAGUUCAGCCGCUUUCGACUAUUUGUACGAGUUCUCCGAGACUCGGAAGGUACUGGAGGAGUUCUUCAGGUGCCCCGCCAUGGCCAACCAGCACAAUAAUGAUGAGAUUGUUAACUUCCAGGAUCUAGACUACGAGUUGCGGAGACAGACGCAGGAGUGUCCAUCGGAGAACGGGCUGGAGGCCAGCAGCGACGCGGAGUGGCCGCACGUCACCGACACCCUGGAUUCACCGCACACUGCUCACAACCAUACCAACUUCUUGGGACUUCAGCAACAACGCGACCGCUACCCGGACCCGAACGUCUCGGAACUCAGCGUGGGUGCAGCUUGGAGUGGAUCGGCCUCGCCGGCGGUGCCCCGGCGGGACCAGCGGGGACCCUUCGCGCUUUCGCCGGAUACUAGCGACGACGGCUCCGAUCUCUCCCUAAUACUCAUGGAGAACGAGCUUUCUGAAAUGAAAGUUCAAAUGGACUCAAACCGCGUGGUGGUGACUCAUCUACCGAUCGUGGAGGAUGGUCUGUCGUCUGGCCAUGCGUCAGAUACCGACAACAACAACCAGAUGGCUUCAUUGCAAACGCACACAUCAGUCAUCAUUGAGGAGAUAGUGGAGAAUGGUACGAGCGGAGACGCCCUGGUGUUGUCUGAUGCUGAUUUACAUUCUUUAGAUCCAUUAGGUUACGCCCCGCCGCCGCCGGCGCCGGCGCCGCACCGGCCGGCCGCGCUGGCGGACCUGCCGGCGGCGCCCGCGCUCGCGCACUCGCCGCACGCCGCGCACGCCACACACGCCGCGCUCGCGCCCCACGACGCGCACACGCCGCACCACCACCACGCCGCUAUUCAUGAUGAUAUUUACCCGCCCAGGAAAAGGCCAUCAUCUGCUCAAAGCCAGGAAUCAGUAGAAAUUAAAGCAGCCAGCGGUGACGAAGAUGAAGCAGACACGGACUUAGAGACUGAUAGGCUGCUAGGCCAGCAAAGGACUGAUGACCAAGGUUUCUUUGAUGACAAGGGAUGGCGCAAACCGAAGUCCCGGACUGUGAUGCCGGCGAAUAGCGUGUCCAACUCGGCGCGCUCCCCGCACUCGCACGACGACAACCGCGACGAAGACAACGCGCACAAUGGAAAGGACAAAGACGGAAAAAAGAAGAGCAAAAAUAAAGAAGAUGUUCGCUCAGUGCUCAUCGAAGGCGUGUUAUUCCGAGCGAGGUACCUCGGCUCUACGCAGCUGGCCUGCGAAGGUCAACCGACCAAAGCCACGAGGAUGCUACAAGCCGAAGAAGCUGUCUCCAGAAUCAAGGCUAGCCGUCUGGGGCAAUGGUGCGAAGGCCCAUACUCCGGAGUGUACGCGGCCCCCGCCGCAGUCUUCCGCCUGGCCUUCCUUGGUUCCGUGGAGGUCGACGAAGACUCCCGCCGCAGGAAGAAGAGGCUCAAAAAGAAUAUGGUCGAAGAGGCCGUCACUAAGAUCAAGGCUUUGGCUCCUGAAGGCGAAAACCAGCCGAGCACAGAAGUGGACCUAUUCAUAUCGACAGAGAAGAUAAUGGUUCUGAACACGGAAUUGAAAGAAAUCAUGAUGGAUCACGCUCUAAGGACGAUAUCGUACAUCGCAGAUAUUGGCGAUCUUGUUGUACUGAUGGCCAGGAGAAGGUUCGUCCCGCACGAGAACGAUUCAGACCAGCCGAAGCUAAAUCGGACGCCAAAGAUGAUCUGCCAUGUAUUUGAGAGCGAGGAGGCCCAAUUCAUAGCGCAGUCAAUCGGCCAGGCGUUCCAAGUAGCGUACAUGGAGUUCCUGAAGGCGAACGGCAUUGAGGAUCACAGCUUCGUGAAGGAGAUGGACUAUCAGGAGGUGCUCAAUAGCCAGGAGAUCUUCGGAGACGAGCUGCAGAUGUUCGCCAAGAAGGAACUGCAGAAAGAGGUGGUUGUUCCAAAGACAAAAGGCGAGAUCCUAGGCGUGGUUGUGGUGGAGUCCGGAUGGGGCUCCAUGCUGCCCACUGUCGUCAUCGCCAAUCUCGCGCCGGCUGGGGCCGCUGCGCGCUGCGGCCAGCUUAAUAUAGGAGAUCAAAUAAUAGCCAUCAACGGUGUCAGCUUGGUGGGUCUACCGCUGUCGACGUGCCAGACUUACAUAAAGAACUCUAAGAACCAGACAGUGGUGAAACUUACGGUGGUACCCUGCGCGCCCGUCGUGGAGGUCAAGAUAAAACGGCCGGACACUAAGUACCAGCUAGGCUUUAGUGUUCAAAACGGUGUGAUCUGCAGCCUGCUCCGCGGCGGCAUCGCGGAGCGCGGCGGCGUGCGCGUGGGCCACCGCAUCAUCGAGAUCAACUCCCAAAGCGUCGUCGCAGUACCUCACGAACGGAUCGUUAAUUUACUAGCUACGUCUGUUGGGGAGAUCCUGAUGAAGACGAUGCCAACGUCGAUGUUCCGACUGUUAACGGGGCAGGAGAACCCUGUGUUCAUAUAAGCGCGCCCGCGCAACUACAAGUGCCUGCUUACCGUACCACGCGCCCACACUGUUGCUGCCUAUCCUCGCUCACUGGUGGCAGAAUCGUAACUUACCGUUGAUUAAAUGCAUUACCAUAUCUUACCAUUUCCGAUUCAACGGCAUAAUCAUAUCUUAACAUUGCCGAUUAAAUAAAAAACGCAAUAAAUUGGCAUAAUAAACCUUGUCUUCACCUGUUCAAUAUAAAAAGUAAAAGUUCGUAUGUUUUAUUAGCAGAUUUACGGCUUCGGAUAAACGUCUUUUUAGAACGUUGCUGAUGAUAUUCAUUAUUUUAUGAUUAUUGAUGAAGCAGAAUUUAGUUUAAAAACAUCAGGAUACUAAGAAUAUGCCAAUCGCCGAAUUAUGAUUAUGGUUUUGCACUUCAAAAUAAGGAAAAAACCUUUAUCACGCCAUUACUUGCCCAUCAUAAUUGAACUCAUGUAAAAAAAAGAGUAAUAAUUUGACUCAUAUUAUAUUUUGAAACGUAAAAGCGAGGUUAGGAUUCAACAUGUAGCUUAGCUGUCGAACAAUACUCAAAAUCACUCCACGAUGAACUAUGUAAUGUGAUGUCUAAGUUUGAUAAUGCUUACAAUGCUUAUGUGGUUAUAUAAGGUAGAAUAUAAGUUGUAUAUCUCUCUAAAGUCGCGCGUUGUACUUGGUACCAAUAAACCUUUAAUUUACAAUGACCUGAAUGACCGCUAGUUAGAACUUUCAAAAAUAAUUCCAUUUGAUAAAAAAAAUAUCGACUUUUUUCUUAGAUGUGUUUUACGGCUCAUGAUAGCGAGACUUUUGAGCCAAACACUCAACGGAAUAGAAAAAAAAAACAAAAAGGAAUCUAGUCAUUGGCAAAUCUAUGAAAUUAUAACGUUUUUUUAAUUACGUAAGGUUGUGGUGGUAGUAGGUACAACGUGUUGACAAAGUCUUUGAUUGUCAUGACAAUGUGUAACGAGUAUUUUAUUAUAAUUACGAUUGUACGAUUAUUCCUACAAAUCGAUAUCGAGCCACUCAUAUCCGCUUUUGUAAUGUUAUGUAUAAAUCAUUUUCAAUUUUAAUGAAAAUAUCAGUCAGUAUAAAUAUUUUUUUAAAGUUUAGCAGGAUUUUUAUCAACGUAUGAAUCUUUUUAAACCUAAAUGAAGAUGGGAAGAGCUUUUGUGGCCGUAGCGUCGCGCGAUAGACAAAAAUGUACCAACUCUUAUCGGGCAAACGAUAAACCAAUUCCAUUGGCUCAUUUGUCGCGAGCGAUAUGCAGACAGAAUGCUACAGGGCUGUAGGUAUUCUCUAAACAAAUAUUUUUAAUCUCAACACAAUCAUUCCAUAUUUAUUUUGUGAUUAAUGUAUCUGGUCUAUGAAGUUGUUAAGUUUGUUUUGUACCUAAUUUUAUAAAAUCGUUUAAUUUAGCAUCCAUCUGCACCAUAGUUCAAACUGAUCGAAACUUCAGCCAUUCGGUUUGUAUAAUGUAUAGCUUAGAUAGAAAAUAUAGAUUUUGAAAUGGUUCGUCUUACAACUAGUAAAUGCAAAUAUUUAAAGACAUUCUCUGUGUUGACAAUUGUAUGUUUAAGAGAAAUAAAAAUUCUUAAGAAUGGCCAUAAAGAGUUAUAUUUGAAUUUACCAAUUGUAAGUUUUUAAAUUGUAGAAGUCAUGUAUCAGAAUUUUAAGCUAACACCUCGUGGUCGAGGGACAAAUGUCGACCGCUGAUAGAUACCGUAACAUAUUGAAAUAUAAAGAAUUGAUUAGUGGAUAUUAUAAAAGCAUUAUUUCGUGUAGCAUUUCAAAAGAUAUAUCAUAUUUUGUAAAUUUUAUAGUGUCGCUAUAGCAUACUAUGUAACCUACGGUAUAUGUAUGUCCUACGUAAUACUAGCUAAGCUUAGCGCUCUGAGGACGAGUUUUCGCGGGUAGAUCUCAAAAUUACCGGUCAAAGUAUAUAUUUCCUACCUUUCCUGUAGCCUUGUGAUCUUCGUUGAAUAAAUUGUUCGUGUUAUCGUCACUAAGUAAGAAAACAGUGAUUUUGAAAACUACCCGCACAUUAUUUAUGUAUAAAAUAAAUUGACGUGAUCGUCUGUACACCGUUCUAACCCACUGAUCUAAUCUGCUUCUAUUUAAUCCUGUCUAUGCUUUCAAAUGUGUACUAUCCCCUUUACCAAUACCCUUUUCCAAAAAGUUCUGAACUUCCUUUGCUGUGUAGUCAGUGUCCAUUAUAGAAACAGUUCUGUUCUAUUUUGUAUUAGCAAGAAAAAGUCCUAACUUUGGCCGUGGCUGGUUACCACCAUCCAGACAAAGCAGUGACGGAACUCGUGUUCCGGCUUCAUGUCUGGAGAAGCUGCUAGAGAAGAGAGGUCCGGGCAGUUGUAUGCUUAUGCCGGUCACAGUGCUAAUUUUUACUCAAAACUUGAGUCCAUAGGCACUAGGUAAGUGCGAACCAUACACCUUAGGCCGCAUCUUCACCCUAUUUGUAAUAGAAAAAAGUUUUUAUUGUGAUAAAGUAACUUUGAAAAGGUAAUUAUACUUUUUGUACUUAGUUUUCUUUCGUAAUGUAACCCCAACCAAUUGAAGCUAUAAGAAGUACGGGAAAUCGUCGAUUUUACGAUGAAUCUGCAUUCAACGCCAUCUAGUAUAAUCUAUAGGUACUAAAUUAAAACAAUUCGAUCGUACGUUACAAUUUGAAUUUUUAAAUAUUUUUUAUGGACGCUGGCUAUACCGAUCAAUAUCCUCCAACCUGUACUAGUAUAUAUAGGUAUACAGUCUGAUGUAAUUUUAUAUUGCUAGCUGUUGUGAAUAAGAUUUAUUUACAUUGUGAAACACAGAUAAUAAAUAGUCUUUUAUUGUGAAAACUGGUAUAUGGUAGGUACACUGUAACAUGUGAAAUAACUAUUGUUGUUCUCAUUUCUAAGAGUAUUAUUCUAGUCUGCAUUAAAGUUAAGAAUAAACUGAACAAACUGA